AUGGACAGAAUGUGGGCGCGGCUCGAGGCGCUGGGCGGUCGCGCGCGGACGGAGGGGCGCAGGCUCGCGAACGAGUUCGAGGUGCUGAAUGUAAACUUUUACCGCUUGCAUCUGCUCUUCUUCAUCGUCACCCCGCUCGUGCUCGCCGCCAUCGCGUACGCGAGCAACGGCAGGUUCCCCGCGAGAUACGUCGACCUGCUGUUCUGCUGCGUCAGCGCGAUGACGGGCACCGGGCUCGCGACGCUCGAUCUUAGCGCGCUGACGGCGUGGCAGCAGACCAUCCUCGUCGUGCUCCAGCUCGUCGGCAGCCCGAUCACGGUCGCGCUCGUCGCGGUGUACGUCCGCCGGAGGUACUUCCAGCGCCACCUCCAGUGGAUCGUCAAGUCCGAGUUCGAGCGCACGCAGACGCGCGGUGCAUCUCUGGACGCGCGCGCGAACGACGUCGUCGCGCGCGGGCGCACCGGCACCGGCACCGGCACUGCGGACGCCAAUACCAUGCGGCACAGGGCGAACGCGGGCGGCGCGAACGGCACCGAGAACGAAAACGGAAUCAAAAGCGAGAACGGCAACGAGAGCGGCAACGCGGCCGAGACCGUGACCGAGAAGCGGAGCGGGGAAUACGACGCGCGCGCAGAGUCGAGGAGGCGCCGCGCGCGGUUCAGGCCGACGGUGGACGUCGACGCGACGCUCGUCGCGUUCUCGACGUCGCCGGAGCGCAUGAUGGCGAGCCCGCUCGCGCUCGAGCAGGACAUCGCGGACCACAUGUUCGGCCGCAGUGGACAGGCGCGGGCGCCGUCGGAGCGGCGCGUCGGUUUCGCGCGCCAGCGAGCGCCGACGCGCCGCAAGACGGUGCAGGUCGUCGACCCGGACCACAGCACCGACGACGCGUUCGGCGGGUUCGGCGAUCCGCUGAGCCUCCUCGCGCGCCUCUUUCGCCGGCUGUUCCCUUCCAUGCAGCAGCGGCUCCGGCGCUCGAUGACCAUGCCCGCCGAGUCGAAGCUCGUGCCGCACUACAUCAACCUCGACACCGUCCCGCAGGGCGCGCGCCCCGUGCCGUAUUUCACGUUCAACGCGCGGGUGCGCAGGAACUCGGUGUUUUAUGGGCUCUCGGACGACGAUUGUGAGGAGCUGGGCGGGGUGGAGUACAGGGCGCUCACGGCGCUGCUGUGGAUCGUGUCUUCGUACAUUAUUGGCACGCUUUUGAUUUCAUUCGUGGUCACCGCGCCAUACAUGUCGCUUGGUAAAUGGAAGUCCAUAUUCCAGCCGCCCCAGCAGCAUCGUAUCAUCAACCCCGUGUGGUACUCGGCUUUCGAGGUCGUCGGGGCUUGGGCCAACACGGGCAUGUCCCUGGUCGAUCAGAGCCUUGUUCCGUUCCAGACCGCGUACCCUAUGCUGAUCUUCCUCAUCUGGGUGGCGGUCGCGGGCAACACGGGAUUCCCUAUAUUAUGGGCGAUAUACAAGUGCUUCCCGAAAGCGUCGCAGACGCGCGAGACCCUCCACUUCCUGCUCGACCACCCCCGGCGGUGCUUCAUCUACCUCUUCCCAUCCCGCCAGACCUGGUUCCUCUUCACCGUGCUGAUCCUCCUCAACUUGACGGACUGGUUCUUCUUUUUGGUGCUGAAUAUCGGGAACGCGACGGUGGAGGCUAUUCCGGUCGGUACGAGGCUCGUGGUGGCUGCUGUGCAAGCCGUUGCGGUGCGCCUUGCGGGGUUUCAGUCUGUCGCGAUCGCCGCGCUGGCUCCUGCCGUCAAGGUGCUCUACCUCGUCAUGAUGUACGUGUCGGCCUAUCCAGUGACCAUGAGCGUGCGCUCGACGAACGUGUAUGAAGAGCGCUCGCUCGGGGUGUUCGAGGAGGAGGUCGACGACGACGACGACAUCGAGGACGAGGAGGACUACCCCGAGACGGACUCGCGCGUCGCGAUCUGGGGCCGCUACCUCGCGCGACACGCGAAGCGGCAGCUCGCAUUCGAUAUGUGGUGGCUCGCGCUCGCGCUGUUCCUGCUGUGCAUCAUCGAGAGACACCAGCUGAGCGACCCUUCUAGCGACUCGUGGUUCAAUCUAUUUUCCUUGAUGUUCGAAAUAGUGUCUGCGUACUCGACCGUCGGCCUGAGCCUCGGCAUACCCACGGCGAACUACGCGCUCACAGGCGCGAUGCACACCGUCUCGAAACUGAUCAUAUGCGCCGUCAUGCUCCGCGGGCGCCACCGCGGGCUCCCGGUCGCCGUCGAUCGCGCGAUCAUGCUCCCGAAAGAGUUCCUCGAGAAGGCCAGCGAGAAGGCGCGCCAGAUGAAGGCGCGCCAGGCCGCGAGGUCUUGGGAGAAGGACGCGCAUGGGCGGCGCUCGGGUGUGUAG